GCACUAGCGUUUAAAAGAUCAUGAUUCUCGUGCGUUUUGGAUCCAAUUGAGGAAAUGGAAGAUUAUCCGGAGGAGUUACGGACUCCGCCGGUCGGCCUGAUAGCGUUGGUGGGAUGUCCGGAGCACCACUCCCUCAUCACCACCCAUCUCCUCUCUGAGCAGCCCCCAAGCAACACUCUCGCCUUGCCUGACAUCGCUAAGAUCUCUCUCCUCUUGUCCUCCGCUGAUAAGAGCUCUCUUCCGCCUCCCGAUCCAUCCUCGAGUCCUACCGCCGGGAUUCUUAAGAGGGAUUGGCUUCACAAGCACCGCACUAGGGUUCCCGCUGUCGUCGCCGCUCUGUUUAUUUCCGACCAUGUUUCUGGGGAUCCCGCACAGUGGCUUCAGCUCUGCUCUGACCUUGAAAACCUUAAAGCUGUGAUUCGUCCAAAGAACAUUAAAUUAGCUGUGGUUGUGGUGCACUCUUCUUCUGAAUGGGGAUUUCCAAAUGCAGAUGAUAUCAGUGAAGAUCGAAUGAUUGCACUUCGUAAGCGUGCCGAAUUGGAUUCCAAAUACCUCGUCGUCUUCAACCCUGCCGAUUCUUCACAGCUUGAACAAUCUCUCAAUAAGCUGGGCAGCACAUUUGCUGAAUUAGCAAACACAUAUUACAGAGAUGAAGGGCGGAGAAUUAAAACUCGUGUUGAAAGGAAGAGCUUCAAUUCUAUUGAGUUGAACAUUCGCUAUUGCUUCAAAGUUGCUGUAUCCGCGGAGUUUCGGAGAGACUGGGUUGAAGCUUUGAGGUUUUAUGAGGAUGCAUACUAUACACUGAGGGAGAUGAUUGGGACUGCAAAUAGGUUGCCAGUGAUUCAGCGAUUGAUUGAGAUAAAAACUGUUGCUGAGCAACUUCACUUUAAAAUAUCAACCUUGUUAUUACAUGGUGGAAAAGUAAUAGAAGCUGUCACAUGGUUCCACCAACAUUUUGCUUCUUACAGGAAGCUUUUAGGUCCGGCUGAAGCUAUAUUUCUUCACUGGGAAUGGGUGAGCAGACAGUUUUUGGUAUUUGCUGAAUUGCUGGAGACUAGUUCGAAAACGAUCCAUAGCAAUUCUAGUCCAGCUUUGGGAACUAGUGAAAGGUCUUUGACUGAGUGGAAAUUUCAGCCAGCUUAUUACUACCAGUUAGCUGGUCACUACCUGAAAGAGAAGAGAACAUCGUUUGAACUUGCACUGUCAAUGUUGCAAAAUGCUGAUGAGAUUGACGGCAGUGCUGAAUCUGUAACGCCUGCAAUUUAUGUGGGUCAGUUUGCUCGAUUACUUGAGCAAGGGGAUGCAUUUGUCAUGCAACCUCUUACUGAUGAAGAGUACACCCGUUAUGCUAUUGCUGAAGCCAAAAGAUUUCAAGAUUCCUUUGAAAUCAUUGCUCUUCUAAAAAGAUCUUAUGAAUCAUACACCAAUCUCAAAGCUCAGAGGAUGGCUUCUCGUUGUGGGUUUCAGAUGGCUCAAGAAUAUUUUGCAAUGGGUGAUCUCAAUAAUGCAAAACAACUGCUUGAUGUUAUUGCAGCUCUAUAUAGAAAAGAGGGAUGGGUCACUUUAUUGUGGGAGGUCUUGGGUUUUCUGCGAGAGUGCUCAAGGAAACGUGGUAUAGUGAAGGAAUUUAUAGAGUACUCUCUUGAAAUGGCUGCAUUACCAGUAUCACCUUGUACAGGAGUCCAAUCGUUCAGAACAAAGGAAUGUGGUCCAGCUGGUCCUGCAAGUCUUGCUCAGAGAGAAAAUAUACACAAUGAGGUUUUUCAGCUUGUCAGUGGAGAAAUAGGGGCGGUAUCAGUUGGAGAUAGUACUGAUCUCAAAGUAAACAGAGAUAGUCCUCUGCAUCUUGAGAUUGAUCUUGUCAGUCCCCUUAGAAUGGCGCUUCUUGCUUCAGUUGCUUUUCACGAACAGAUAAUUAAGCCUGGUGUACCUGCCUUGAUUACUCUGUCACUCCUAUCACAAUUGCCUCUGACUGUUGACUUGGAUCAAUUGGAAGUGCAGUUUAAUCAAUCAGAAUGCAACUUCAUCAUCAUAAAUUCCCAAAAACCUCCAUCUGCAGAAAUUUCCACUAGCCAACAAGGUCGUCAUGUUGAAAGUGCUCCUUCUCUGGCUCUUGUUACAAACAAGUGGCUGCGGUUGACAUAUGAAAUUAAAUCGGAACAGAGUGGGAAGCUGGAAUGCAUAUAUGUUAUUGCAAAAAUGGGACCCCACUUCACAAUUUGCUGCAGAGCUGAAAGUCCUGCUUCAAUGGAUGAUUUACCUCUUUGGAAGUUUGAAGACCGUGUAGAGACUUUUCCUACUAAGGAUCCUGUUCUUGCAUUCUCUGGUCAGAAGCUUGCCCAGGUUGAAGAACCAGACCCACAAGUGGAUCUCGUUUUAGGUGCUACUGGACCUGCACUGGUUGGAGAGUGCUUUGUUGUACCUGUUACUGUGGCCUCCAAGGGUCAUGACAUCUUUUCUGGCGAGUUGAAAAUCAAUCUAGUGGAUGUAAGGGGUGGUGGGUUGUUUAGUCCAAGGGAAGCAGAACCAUUCUCUAUGGAUAACCAUCAUGUUGAGCUCCUUGGUGUUAAUGGGCCAGAAGGAGAAGAUGAAUCUACAGGAGGAUAUGAUAAAAUCAAGAAAAUUCAGCAGUCCUUUGGUUUGGUGUCUCUUCCAAUUAUGAAAGAUGGAGAAUCAUGGUCCUGCAAACUGGAAAUUAAGUGGCAUCGACCCAAACCAAUUAUGCUUUUUGUCUCAUUGAGCUAUUUUCCUGAUAGCAACGAAAUGACUUCACAAAAAAUCCAUGUCCAUAAGAACUUGCAAAUUGAAGGAAAGAGUGCUGUUCUAAUCAGCCAUCACUUUAUGCUUCCAUUCCGGCAGGAUCCGCUGUUGCUCUCAAAGCUCAAGCCAGCCUCUAGUUCUGAUCAAGGAACGUCACUGCCUCUGAAUGAAACAAGUAUAGUGCUUGCUAGUGCCAAAAACUGCAGUGAGGUGCCAUUGCAGUUACAGUCCAUGUCAAUUGAGAUGGAUGAUGAUGUAGAAAGGUCAUUUACCUUGCAACCCAGCAGUGAGGAUCUUUUAGGCCCUGCCUACCUUGUUCCCGGAGAAGAGUUCAAAAAGGUUUUCACCAUCAUUCCUGAGGUUGAAUCAUCAAAUCUCAACCUAGGUUCAGUGUCUCUGAGAUGGAGGAGAAAUUUGCAAAAUAAAGAUCGAUCUAGUUCAGCUGCAGAAGCAUGGGUUUUGACUAGACAUAAACUUCCUGAUGUAAACGUGGAGUUGUCCCCGUUGGUUUUGACUGUGGAUUGUCCUCCUUAUGCUAUUCUUGGAGAUCCCUUCACAUACUCGGUUAAAAUUCGAAAUCAAACACAGUUGCUUCAAGAGGUGAAGUUCUCAUUGGCAGAUGCACAAAGCUUUGUGUUAUCUGGCUCGCACAGUGAUACAGUAUUUGUUCUUCCAAAGUCGGAGCAUGUCCUUGGUUACAAGAUUGUGCCGCUUGCUUCAGGCUUGCAACAGUUGCCCCGAGUGACAGUGACAUCUGUGAGAUAUUCAGCUGUGUUUCAACUAUCAAAUGCUGCAUCCACUGUUUUCGUCUUUCCCACUAAACCCCAUUUUAAGACUGCUGAUGUGGGAGACAAAGGGAUAGAAUCUGUUGUAGCCGAGUAGUAUUGAAAUGUGUAAAGGUCAUGUUUUUCAGAGUUCUUUCAGUUCAAUCAUCAAAUGGCAUGCAAUUGCUAAUGGGGGUUUGAUUGCUGCAGCCUAUGUAUGGACGAGUAGAAGAAGAUUGCACGUCACCUGGAUUGGACUUGUGAAAACAAGUAUGGUCAGAAGGAAUCUUCCAAAGAUGAGUUUAGGAUUCCAAAGCAUUUUAAAGGAAUAUACUGAGACAUGCCAGGUUUGUGAUGAUGGUGGUUUUAAGAUCUGUGCGUGAAUGGACCUGAGGUUGCAGUUAAUCAUCAUGGCAUCCCUAACUCGGAAUGAAGAUGCUAUCACCUGUAAUUUUAAACAGUUUUAGAUAAACUUGUUUUCAUUUUCUUUGUGAGAUUUCAAUUUACAGAUUCUUUCUUCAAAGAUUGCAUGUUAAUCCCA